GCGUUCGCGGAGAAAAUGGAAGCUUUAGGGGCUUGCCGGCUUCGGGGGCGGGGAAGCAGCGUAGCUGCAUUCCCCGCCCCGAGACCAGGAGGGAGCGCCGGCAGUCCUCCUUUCUCUGUCUCUUGCACUGGGCUGAGCCCGGAGCCGAGAGCGGGAGUCGGCUCUGAGUUCCCUGCUUGGUUUUUGGGUGGCAGCAGCCGGAGGAGGAACAUGGCGCUCGCAGGCAGCCAAGCGGAGCUGAAAGCGGACGAGGACAUUUUUGAAGACGCCUUGGAAACCAUCUCAAUAUCUUCUCACUCAGAUAUGGCGACAAGCAGCCUUCACUUUGCGUCAUGUGAUAAGCAGGCACCCAGACAGCGCGGAGCAUCUACUGUGAGCAGUUCAUCAUCAUCCAAGGUGGAUCUCAAGAGUGGCCUCGAAGAAUGUGCUGUGGCAUUGAACUUAUUUCUAAGUAACAAAUUUACAGACGCCUUAGAAUUGCUUCGCCCCUGGGCUAAGGAGAGUAUGUACCAUGCCUUGGGCUACAGUACCAUUGUGGUGUUGCAGGCUGUCCUGACCUUCGAGCAACAGGACAUCCAAAACGGCAUUUCUGCCAUGAAGGACGCAUUACAAACCUGCCAAAAAUACAGGAAAAAAUACACAGUUGUAGACACUUUCUCAAGUCUUCUUUCUAGAGGAUCACUGGAGCAACUGAGUGAAGAGGAAAUGCAUGCUGAAAUCUGUUAUGCCGAGUGUCUCCUACAGAAAGCAGCACUCACCUUUGUGCAGGAUGAAAAUAUGAUCAACUUCAUCAAAGGCGGACUCAAAAUUAGAACAAGUUACCAAAUAUAUAAAGAAUGUCUUUCUAUCCUGCACGAAAUUCAGAAGAACAAACUUCAGCAGGAAUUCUUCUAUGAGUUUGAAGGGGGUGUCAAGCUUGGCACUGGGGCCUUUAAUUUGAUGCUGUCCCUUUUACCAGCAAGGAUUAUCAGACUACUGGAAUUUAUUGGAUUUUCUGGAAACAGGGAGCUGGGCCUCCUGCACUUACGGGAAGGUGCUUCAGGAAGAAGCAUGAGGUCUGUAUUGUGCUGCUUAACCAUCCUCGCUUUUCACACCUACGUCUCCCUAAUACUCGGUACAGGAGAAGUGAAUAUUGCCGAAGCAGAGCGUCUCCUGGCACCCUUCCUCCAGGAGUUUCCAAAUGGCUCACUCAUGUUGUUUUAUCAUGCCCGAAUAGAGUUGCUGAAAGGGAAUCUUGAAGAGGCACAAGAAGUAUUUCAAAAAUGUGUUUCAGUUCAAGAAGAAUGGAAACAGAUUCACCAUCUCUGCUACUGGGAGCUAAUGUGGAUUAAUGUUUUCCAACAAGACUGGAUGCAAGCUUAUUACUAUUCAGAUCUGCUUUGCAAAGAGAGUAAAUGGUCCAAGGCAACUUAUGUGUUCUUGAAAGCUGCAAUUUUAAGCAUGCUUCCAGAGGAGGAUGUGGCAGCAACUAAUGAGAACGUGGUAACUUUAUUCAGACAGGUGGAGAGCUUGAAACAGAGAAUUGCCGGGAAAUCUCUCCCUACUGAGAAGUUUGCUGUGAGGAAGGCUCGCCGUUACUCCGCUUCCUUGCCUGCACCUGUGAAGCUCGUCUUACCUGCCCUGGAAAUGAUGUAUGUCUGGAAUGGUUUUUCAGUAGUGAGCAAAAGGAAAGACCUUUCUGAAAAUCUGUUGGUAACUGUCGAAAAAGCUGAGGCAGCUUUACAAAAUCAAAAUUUUAACAGCUUCUCUGUGGAUGAUGAGUGUUUAGUGAAGUUACUGAAAGGAUGUUGCCUCAAGAACUUACAGCGGCCCUUGCAAGCUGAACUAUGUUACAAUCACAUUUUGGAAAGUGAAAAGCUACUGAAGUAUGACCACUACUUAGUGCCGUUCACUCUGUUUGAAUUGGCAUUUUUAUAUAAAAGCCAAGGGGAAAUUGACAAGGCCAUAAAGUUCCUAGAAACUGCAAGGAACAACUACAAAGAUUACUCCUUGGAGUCCAGACUACACUUCAGAAUUCAGGCAGCUCUUCACCUCUGGAGAAAACCUUCCUCAGAUUGAUCAGAACUUGAAGGAUAGAAUUUUCCCUCAAUUAGCAUCAGCAUCUGCUAUAGAAUAAACCUUAUAUUAAAGUUGAAACGUGAUCUUGUGAAUAAGAACAAAAAAAUGUUAUUGUUAAUAUUUUCUAUCAUCUGAGAGGUUUACUGUUGGUCUACACAAUUUUUUUUUCCUAUGGAAUGGCAUUCUAUAUUAUCUAGAAAAUUCUUAUAUUUUGCCUCCCCCAAAAUAAUUUCAUAUUAGAUUUGAAUUGGGGUAAAGAAGCCUUUUAAAAGACUUGCAAAUGCAAUAGUCUAAUUAGAUUAUUUAUUUUUUUAAUGUGGAAAUUAAUAUUGUUUAGCAACUAGCUUACAAGUUGAGCCAAUUUUAGAAUUGUUGGGUAGUUAAACUUCAGAGAUAUUUUGUUGCCUAGUACUUAAAUUUCAGAAGGUAGAUAAGUAUCACAUUUAAAAUAGUUUAACAGUGACCUUCAAAAGACUUGUGAAAAAGACAGUCUGAGAACAUGAACACAGAUGGGCUAUAAAGUACUUCAUAGGUUGAAAAGACCUGCAUCUAUAAAGGAUGAUGCAGUAUUCAAUUCCUGGUUUUUUACUCUUCAUUUGAAUAAAUGGUGGUGACAUUUUGGAGAGACUGGGUUUAAAUGUACUUAAGUCUAUUAUAAUAACAAAAUUCAAAACCUCCUGUGUAUUUAAAGGGAAGAAAGUAUCAUAUUUUAGGAAUUUUUCUUAACCUUAGCAAUGAGAACCUAAAAUACAUAUAUAGGUUAUUUUUCUUAUAGGUAGUAAAAUUCCUGCUGCUUUAAAUGAUAUGUAAAAUAUCAGUAAUUUUUACACUUAAGAUGUUGGCAAGACCUAAUUUUCUAAUCUCUCUAGCACUGUGAUGUCUCCUUGUAGAUAUCUGGACCUCACUUAGUUCUUGGGAAACAGAUUCAGGGCAUGGAGCAGAAGAGAGCUUGACACCCCAUAUGGUCCUUGUUCUGCUCCUCUAUUAGCAGUUAGUGAGGUGACCUUUAGCGAGUCCACUGUGCCCUGUGUGUCACCAUAUUUUCUUCUGUGAAAUCUAAAUUAAAGAACAGAUGACUUUCAAGAUCUCUUUCAGUUUUAUAACUGUGAGUCUAUGUAAUACGUAUUUAUUUUCAACAAAGAACUUUAUAAUGUUGAAUGCAAACCAUUCCCACUUGGAGUGUUUUAUAUUUCAGUCAUCACCAUUGCCCCUCAUCCCCCACAUGUGUGUGUUGUGGCCAAGGACCAGGUUGCAUCCAGAGUGAGGAAAGGAAAUUUAUGAGUUGAUGAAUCUGGGCCUUGUCUUAUUUCUGUUUCUAUUUGGAAGAAUAACUUGUCGCGGAAGCCUCUGCAGUUUAACAGAAGGAGCCGCCUAUUGGGAGUCAGGAGUUCAUUUCUGUGGGCUAAUAGUUCUGUGACACGGAGUUAGUAGCUCAGCUUUUCGGGGGCUCAGUUGCCCCAGUGUGGAUAGCAGUGUGGUAUUUGGUACUUGUGAGGGUUCAAUUAGAUAAAUCAUAUGAUAGCUUUUUGUAAACUGUAAAAGGCUAUACAAAAGUAUGAGUUAUUGUAAUAAUUAUGGUUUAUACGCAUGGGUUACAGUAUCAACAUAUGAGUAGUGGCUGAUACUGUGGUCUGUGUUGUAAAAUGAAAGAAGCAUAGAAAUUCAAAUACCUUUCAGUAUAUUCAUGUGUUUGAUGUUGACAGUAGCCCAGGUUAUAUGAACUUGCUCCUGUCGUUCCCUGCCACGUGGACCUGUAUCAAGAAAUGUGUGGCUUCUUUUCCUUAAAGUACUGAUUAUUGACCAACACUGAGGAUAUAUAUCCAAUGAAAGAUGAUUAAUAGAACUCAAGUCGGAGUACCACCCCUUCGAUACUAUGGCAGUAGAUAUCAAUGUGUUAUUAAUAGUAUAACUUUAGGUACAGACAAAAUAGAAAAUAAAAUUAACUGUCAUUAUAAUUAGUAGUGGAAAACAUUAAAAAUUAUUUGUGUAUAGCUUUGGAAAAAAGUUUAUGAAGUUCUUAGAAGAGCUUUGGUAACAUUAUUUUUGGAAGCAUACACCCACAUUGUGACUGUGGGUACGCUGAGCAUUCUUACUUUGUUACUGUGAGAAGCUGCAAGCCAGUAAAAAAAUUGUCUUUUGGGUAUAAAAUGAAACAAUAUUAAGCUUAGAGUGGCCAUUUUUAUUUUAACUCCACAUUACUAAACAAAUAUAAAAGAAAUUCAUCUCCAUAUAAAAAUCUUUUGUCAUUUAUAUUUUAUUUCAUUUUUAUAUCCUAUUCUUUGAAUAGUUACCUGAUACCAUGGACAGUAUAUCCAGUGGAUCUUUUAGUACUACUAUAAUAUCAAAAUGCUACAAAUAUUUAUGUUUCCUGCUAUGUUCAAAAUAUUGUAGUGGCACCAACUUCUUGUGGCAUCAGCUAAUACUGCAUUUUGGAGUUAUUAGGGUGCUCUGUGAAGAAUGAAUACUAAAGUGACAGUUUGAUCUAGUUUUUUGAGGGACAUUUAUGAUGGGGUUGGGUUGCCAUUGUGUCUUGACAGUGCAAUUCACGUAGUUCCUGGCAUAAUUGGCUUUUUUUUUUUUUUUUACUUAAUUUUUCCUAAUGGAGAGUCAGCGUUCUGAAUGGUGCUAUAUAAAUUUAAGUAAGUAUAUAAAUUUAAGUGCUUUGUAUAUUAAGUGCUAUAUAUAUUUAAGUAACUAUAUAAAUUUAAGUGCUUCGAAGGGAUGAUGACAAGGCAGGCAUGAUUUCCUCUUGACAAUGAAUGAAAGGUGAACUGCAUCAGCUCUUAUCUGAACAUAUAUUUUAAUGUUUUCUAUGCCCUUUGAUAAAAGAAGUUUCCAAGUUAUAUAGGAAAAUUAAGCACCGAUCCUGCCUUCAUCCUCAGAGAGCAGAGGUGAGACAAGUGGAUAAAAGCUGUAGGAAGCUGAAUUCCAGAUGAAUCAGCACCAAGGAAGAUUUUUCAUUAUUGGAAAACCCAGCAGUCUACAAUCGAUAACCAGUUCUUCUGCAAAGGGGUGAGUUUAGCAGGGCUAAUGUGACUGCCAUUUCUGCCUGUCCUAGCAGCUUAGACUAAUUGAACUUUGAGGUCACUCUAUGAUUCUUUUAUUAGGGCUUCAAAUCAGUGGAGAAUGUGUGAAGAAAAAAUCGCCCCCCCCAUUUCAAAUAAAAGUGAAUGUUUUCUCUUUCAAAGCUACUAUUAGAGGUAGUUGUAAUAGACACUAACAAUCUCUGCUGUUAAUACUUACGAUUCCACUCCUUUUUAAAGUGAGUCUGUUGAUCUUCAUAAAUAGAGGGGUUUUCCCCAGCGUGGACAUUAAAAAUAAUUUUUUAAAAGUU